UGGGGGGCGGAACAUGUCUCCCGCCGCAGGAAGAUGAGGCAGCGGCAGCGGCUGCUGGCGUAGCGGGCCGGAGCCUAGCCGGACCCGACUCGGGCGGCGGGCGCCGCGGUUACCGCGUACGCCGCUGUCCCAACACCCCAGCCGGCCGCGCGCGCACACGGGCCCCGCUGGGCGGGGAAGGGGGCCCGGGCCACGCGCCGCCACCGCCGCCCACGCGCGACCCUCGGAGGCCCGGCAGCUAUACCCCUUUGUCCCGGGGGGGGGGGGCCUCGCUUCAUGCCGCCGCUCCUCGCGCGCUGCGUGCCCGGCCGCGCCGAGCAGGGCUGUUUCUAGGUCUGAGGUGCCCACUCCAGCCCCAGUACCCACCAUUGCUGCUGGAGAAUGAACCAGCCUCAGAGGAUGGCACCUGUGGGCACUGACAAAGAACUCAGUGACCUCCUGGACUUCAGCAUGAUGUUCCCUCUGCCUGUGGCCAAUGGGAAGGGCCGGCCCACCUCCUUGGCUGGCACACAGUUCGGGAGUUCAGGUCUUGACGACCGGCCCAGUUCCGGCUCCUGGGGCACCAGUGACCAGAACAGUUCCUCCUUCGACCCCAGCCGGACCUACAGUGAAGGCACCCACUUCAGCGAGUCCCAUAGCAGCCUGUCUUCAUCUACAUUCCUGGGACCUGGGCUUGGAGGCAAGGGCAACGACCGGAGCACGUAUGCUCCCUUUGGGAGAGACCCAGGUGUUGGCGGCUUGACUCAGGCUGGCUUCCUGCCAGGCGAGAUGUCCCUCAGCAGCCCUGGGCCGCUGUCCCCAUCAGGCCUCAAGAGCAGCUCCCAGUUCUUCUACCCCAGCAAUCCCCGACGGAGAGCUGCAGACGGUGGCCUGGACACGCAGCCCAAGAAGGUCCGGAAGGUCCCUCCGGGUCUUCCGUCCUCGGUAUACCCACCCAGCUCAGGUGACGACUAUGGCAGGGAUGCCGCCACCUACCCGUCUGUCAAGACCCCCAGCAGCGCCUACCCCGCCCCCUUCUACAUGGCAGACGGCAACCUACACCCCUCCGCUGAGCUCUGGAGCUCUAUGGGCCAGGCAGGCUUUGGGCCCAUGCUGGGCGGGGGCUCUUCCCCCCUGCCCCUUCCUGCAGGCAGCAGCAGCUCCGUGGGCAGCAGUGGCAGUAAUGGCGGCACAUUUGGUGGCCUGCACCAACAUGAGCGCAUGGGCUACCAGCUGCACGGGGCAGAGGUGAAUGGUGGGCUUCCAGCCGUGUCCACCUUCUCCUCAACCUCUGGAGCCACAUACGGCAGUGUCUCCAGCAACACGCCACCCGUCAGCGGGGCUGACAGCCUUAUGGGCACCCGAGGGACCAUAGCCGGCAGUUCUGGGGACGCCCUUGGGAAGGCACUGGCUUCGAUCUACUCCCCGGAUCACUCAAGCAAUAACUUCUCAUCUAGUCCCUCCACCCCCGUGGGUUCCCCACAGGGUCUGGCAGGGACGUCACAGUGGGCCCGCGCAGGAGCCCCAGGUGCCUUAUCCCCCAGCUACGACGGGGGUCUCCAUGGCCUGCAGAACAAGAUGGAAGACCACCUGGAUGAAGCAAUCCAUGUGCUCCGAAGCCAUGCUGUGGGCACAGCUGGUGACAUGCAGGGACUGCUGCCCAGCCAUGGGGCAUUGGCCUCAGGCUUUUCCAACCCCAUGCCGCUGGGUGGGCGGCACACCAGUAUGGUUGGAGGCAGCCACACAGAGGAUGGCCUCACAGGCAGCACUAGCCUCCUGCACAACCACGCAGCACUCCCCAGCCAGCCCAGUGCCCUCCCUGACCUCUCGCGUCCGCCUGACUCCUACAGUGGACUUGGACGUGCAGGUGCAGCAGCAAGUGCUGGCGAGAUUAAGCGAGAGGAGAAGGAGGAUGAAGAGAACACUUCAGUGGCUGACAACUCUGAGGAGGACAAGAAGGAGCUGAAGGCGCCCCGGACCCGGACCAGCCCAGACGAGGACGAGGACGACCUUCUCCCCCCAGAGCAGAAGGCCGAGAGGGAGAAGGAGCGCCGGGUGGCCAAUAAUGCCCGUGAACGGCUGCGGGUCCGCGACAUCAAUGAGGCUUUUAAGGAGCUGGGGCGCAUGUGCCAGCUGCACCUCAACAGUGAGAAGCCCCAGACCAAACUGCUCAUCCUGCACCAGGCCGUGUCGGUCAUCCUGAACUUGGAGCAGCAAGUGCGAGAGCGUAACCUGAACCCCAAAGCAGCCUGCUUGAAACGACGGGAAGAGGAAAAGGUAUCAGGCGUGGUUGGAGACCCCCAGAUGGUGCUUUCAGCUGCCCACCCAGGUCUGAGUGAGGCCCACAAUUCUACUGGGCACUUGUGAAAGGUACACCAUCGUGGGACAAGUGACCCAACCUUGGUCCUUGUCCUGGGCUCAGGUUUUACCUAGAACAGCCGAACAAGGCAUUGGGUAUUCAUCUGCAAAGUGGGCCAGAUGGGCCACAUCGCACUCGUCAGUGUUGAGGCACUACCUGACCUAAUGAGGUUCCACGUAAUGGGCUAUGAAGGUGAUACCAGCUCCAGGACCUUCCUGGGCUCAUUGGCCCACCCGCUACUGGCCUCGAAUCUCUGCUCCCAAGUCUCAGCCACCAUGACGCCCUGUGAUGUGCCCCUUGGAUCCUGAAGCUGUGUCUUGGCCCCAUUGCCUGGGCUGAAAGGAGCAUUUGGUUUUUUUUUUGGUUUCUUUCUUUAUUUCUUUCUUUCUUUUUUUUUUUUGUAAACAAAACCAGAAAGCAAGCAACAAAAUAUAUACUUUGUCAAAAGAAAAAAAAAUGCCUUAACUGUAAAACGUGAAUCAAAACAUAUCACUCAAGAGAGAUGCUGUGCAAACUGGCUUGUUCUUCAAAAGCCACCAGCAAAUUGUGCCUAAGCGUACCUUUUUUUUUUUUAAGAAAAAUAAAAAGUUAGUUACAAGAUUUUUUUUCUUAAUGUAGAAGAAAAUUAGCAAGGAUAAUGCCUUUGGUCCUUUUUUUUAAAGCUUUUUUUGCAUAUGUUUUGUAAGCAACAAAUUUUUUUGUAUAAAAGUCUCCUGUUUCUUGCUAUUUCUGCUGCUGUUUCUAAAACUAAGCAUUGCAUUUCAUGAUCAAGCAGAUUAUUAAAAUUUGUAUUAAAAAGUCCCAAUGUAAACCUGAGGUUCCCCCCUCCCUGCCCUCAUCCUCCGCUCCAAAAGCCACUGCAUACAGACAGAGCAGACAGGUGGUGGUUUGUGUUUCUUGAAUGUUGCGGGGUUUGUCGGUGUUACCAUGUUGAAGUGGAUGCGCCUUGCGCCUUGCACCUUGCCCUUGUGGGAGGUCUCAUGGACUGCCCCAGCUGCUUCUCUUCCUGCCUCAGGGAGGGGGCAGGCCUCUGCUAUGCCUGCCCCCAGCCUUGUGGAGAAGGGACUUCAGGGAGGGGACAUUCCUUCCAAGUGCUGUUCUAGGCUAUCCCUGGCCCUGAGGCAUCUGUUCCCUCAUCUCCUAAUGAGCUGCUUUUCCUGAGAAUCUGCACACCUCUCUGAAAUGGGGCAUUUUUUUGGGACCAACAGUCUCUGGCACAGAGGCUACACCCUGGAGCACAUAGCUGGGGGACACCCCAUGCUUCAUUCUUUUGGUCUGGGGACCCAAACCCAUUUUCUUUUUUUUUUGGCCGGGGCUAGGUUUAGAACCCGCCACCUCCGGCAUAUGGGACCGGCGCCCUACUCCUUGAGCCACAGGCGCUGCCCCAAACCCAUUUUCUGUAUGCUGGAAGAGGAGCUGCAGCUCAGGGGACCACCACAGAAUGCACCCACCCCAGCACAUCCCCUUGCCAAGCUGCAUGUCCAUCCUGGUGUGGUCAAGAUGCAGAGUCCCAUCUGGCCUGGCCCCACCCUGGGGAAUACUUCUCGCCCUGGACUGACACCUGCCACCCUUGCACACAGGGCCUAAGGCUGAGAUUGACUGGAACUGGAGAAGGAACAGGGUCCCAGGACUCCAUAAAUACCCCUAAGCCUUGUAUCUGACCCAGCUGCAAAACGAAGAGGGUGGGUCACCAUACAGGCCAUCUCUGCCCUGUGUUCCCAGUACCUAGGCCACCUAGGCCUCUCCAGAUCCUCUUUGCUGGUCUUAUGUCAUGAGGUGAACAAACUUGUCUCACACUCACCAGGGUGGUUGGUCACUCUGUCACCCAGGUGUCCUGGAGUGCCUUCAUUUUCCCUUUAUCCAUACCCAUCCCCUUCAUAGAGGCCUUAUGGACCCCCAAACUGGCUGUGAUCACCCUGCCAGCAGCUCAGGCAUCUACACCCCACACCCAAAAGUGGAAAUUGCCUGACUCCCCUCUCGCCAGCUUGGGGUCCUACACAAUGGAAUCUGGUGGCCCUGUGGGAGAUUCAAAGGAAACCCCAAGGCCAAUGCAAUGUGGGGUGAUGCUAUGGCCUGGGGGCCACCCCAAACUUCUGACCUCUUUGUGGGCUCUGCUUAAGGGUCAGUCACACCUCAGAGGUGUCUGGGCCUGGGGCCAAUAUGCCAACCAUGACCACUGCCCCCUGGUCUGUCUGGGUUUUGUCUCUUAGGGAACCAUCCUUCAUUUCCUUCUUGCUUUGCUUUUGGUCCUGCCUGUAGACCCAGACAGGCAGCAGCUGAGGAGCUGCCAUGUUCCCCGCCAGGCCCCAUAGACUCUGGAACUGUAUAUUAUAUAUAUAAUUUAAGUUAUAUAUAUGUGAUAAGAUAAACCCAGCACAAGAAGAAAACAACAUAGCAGUUGAUCAGGGGAAGAACCACAAUUACUGGGAGAAAUUGUGCUCUGAGUGCCUGGUUUUCAAACAAAGUUGUUUUUUAAAGAAAAAUAAUUUUAUACAUGCCAACACAGCUGGCUGGAUUAUCUGGGAUUUUUAAAUGAUCCUCUUUAAAGUAGAUUUGGAGACCUGUCCUGUGUAACAGCACUGUAGCAAUAAAUGUGACAUUUUAUAACAAUAUUUGGCUGUCCCCAGAAUCUUAUCAGAUGUUACAUGCUUAUGAAUGAUGGGAGGUAGUCAGAAGUU